AUGUCACUUGAUCAUGAUAUAUAUAAUGGUGUGGAAUUAGAGAAAUUUGUUUGUUCAAAAGAAGGUUUUCGUAACAAAAAAUAUCUCAAAAGGGAAUAUAGAAUUCAAGCACCAUCAGAUGAGACAAGAGUGGGAUGCAAAGCCAUGAUUUAUGUGUCCAAGAAAGAUAAUGACAAAUGGUUAAUUUCUAUAUUAAUAAAAAAUCACACUCAUAAGUUUGUUAUUCUAAAAAGUGCUCAAUUUUUACGUGUUCACAAAAAAAAGACAAGAGUUCAACGAAAUUUAAUUGAUGUACUUGAUGAUUUAGGAAUUCGUUCUAGUAAAAUCAUGUUAGUUUUAGCUACUGAAUUAGGUGGCAUGGAUACGUCGAAGAAUCCAGGAUUCUUUUAUGCAAUACAAAUGGAUGCAGAAGGUCAACUAGCGAAUUGCUUUUGGGCUGAUUUUAGGUCCAGAAUGACAUAUAAGUAUUUUGGUGAUGUUGUAGCUUUUGACCCAACUUAUCUAAUAAAUAAGUAUAAAAUGCCUUUUGUUCCUUUCACUGGAGUUAAUCACCAUUACCAAUCCAUUUUAUUUGGUUGUGUUUUAUUGUGGGAUGAGACAAAGGAAACAUUUGUUUGGCUAUUGAACACUUGGUUAGAAGCAAUGUUUGGAUAUCAUCCAAAAACAAUCAUUACAGAUCAAGAUGCAGCUAUAACUAAUGUAGUUGCAAAGAGAAGUGAGAGUAUGAACAAGUAUUUCAAAGAUUAUGUUAACUCAAGCACUUUGAUGAGUAAGUUCGUCAUUCAGUAUAAAAAAGCCCUUGAUGCAAGAUACAACAAAAAUAGGGAGAAAAUUUUCAAAUCAAUCAAUUCUAAGUCAAUUUUAAAGACAUUUUAUCCAAUGAAAAAAGAAGCUUUGGAGUAUGUUACAAAAAAGAUCACUGUAAAUGAGCAAGUGUUCCGUUACAGAGUGCAUGAAUUUGACAAAGAGAAGCCUGAAUAUAUUGUGACAUUUGUUUCCUUGUCAGCAACUACAACUUGUUCAUGUCACAUGUUUGAAUUUGUAGGCAUCCUUUGCAGGCAUCAAUUGACAAUUUUGAUUAAAAAAAUGCAUUCAUUACCUGAUCAAUAUGUUUUAAAAUGGUGGACAAGAGAUGCUAAAAAAGGAGAAGUAGAAAGCAUUUUAGAUGAACAACAUGAUAGUGCUCCAAAGUCUUCAAUGAUAUUGUUUAAUAAUGUCAUUAUUCAUUCUAUGGAGCUUUCAAAAAAAGCUUCAAGAUUUCAAAAACAUUAUGAUAUGGCAAUUGAAGGUUUGCAACGGUUAUUUGAAGAGCUCGAUGCUUUUAAAAUAUCUGAGGAGGAGAAAAGUAGUAGUGCUGGUGUUUGA